AUGGAACAUCCAGCUUAUACUUUAUCAGGUUUAGUCCUCGUUGGUGGUAUUGCCGGUUAUGCUAAAAAAAAAUCAAUCCCAUCAUUAGCAGCAGGAUUAAUAUUUUCAGCAGCAUUUGGUGGUGCAGGUUAUCUAUUACAUAAAAAUGCUGAUUAUGGAUUAGAAUUAGCUUUAGGUUCAUCCACUUUAUUAUUAGCUGCAGGUAUUGCUAGAGGGUUACCAGUUAAAUUUUCCAAACCUGUUCCAUUAAUUUUAACAACUUUAGGUUUAUUAGGUAGUGGAUAUUAUGCUAAAAAGUAUAAUGAAUUUUAUCCAAUCUUUUGA